AUGUUAUUGCGAAGUAGCAGACGCCAUCUACCGGAGGCCAUGAGCGCCACGCGAAAUAGACACCAACUCCGAGAGAUGUACAAAAGACAAGACACCGCUCUGCGCAUUGACGCAAAAAUGGAACUUUCAACUUUCAAGCUUGGGGACAUGGCAAGUCAGUACAACCAACACACGGGGAAAAGGUGCCCACCAGAAAAACGCAGCAGAACAUCACGAAAAUCGUGA